AUGGUAACCCUUGAUGGGCCAGACAUCCCUACUUCUCCUGCCAUUCACCAGCCAAAGCCGCCUUUUCACCGGGGCUCCCCUGAGGAGUUGACCCAGAAGCCGCGGCGGGAGGGAAGGCGAGGCACCCGGGGCUGGAGGCAGCUCGCAGCCGAGGAAGGCCGCUCCUGCCUGAGUGUCGCAAGAAACUUCCGAGCGCGGAGCCUUCGCCGGCGGAGCCCAGCCGCGCAGCAGAGGGCGGCUCGGGGGCGGCCCGGCCCGUCCGGUUCCACGCGAGGCGGCAGGCGGGGCUGGCGGGAAGGCGCGGCGGGGAGCGGGUCCGCUGCCUGCACGCCGCCGUCACUGCCCACCUUCCUUGACGCGCCGCCGCCGCCACCGGGCUAUAAAAAGCCGGCGGGCUGUGGCAAGCCAGGCGGGCGCUGCGGGCGGCGGCGACGGCGGCGGCGGGGGGAUCCCGAGGCAGCCGGGGCGGAAGGCGGCUCCAAGUCCGACGGGCGCGGGAGCCGUUGCUUGGCGGGCCGGGGCGGCUCUUCUCGGGCGGCGGGGAUGGAGGCGAGCGCGGCGGCGGCGGCGGCGGCGGGGAACGACUCGGCGGGCAACCCCUUCGUGCAGCCGGGCUGGCAGGUCGCGCUGUGGUCGGCGGCGUACGCGCUGGUGGUGCUGGUGUCGGUGGUGGGCAACCUGGUGGUGAUGUGGGUGGUGCUGGCCCACCGGCGGAUGCGCACCGUCACCAACUAUUUCCUGGUCAACCUGGCCUUCGCCGAGGCCGCGAUGGCCGCCUUCAACACGCUGGUCAACUUCACCUACGCCGUGCACAACGUCUGGUACUACGGGCCGGCCUACUGCCGCUUCCAGAACUUCUUCCCGGUGGCCGCCGUCUUGGCCAGCAUCUACUCCAUGACGGCCAUCGCCGCCGACAGAUACAUGGCCAUUAUCCAUCCUCUGCAACCAAGGCUGUCAGCUGGAGCCACCAAGGUUGUCAUCUGUGUUAUAUGGCUCUUGGCUUCGCUCCUUUCCUUCCCUCAAGGUUACUAUGCCACCACUGAGGAGCUGCCUGAGCGAGUGAUUUGCUUUGUCGACUGGCCGCAGAAUCAGACCCAGGUCUCCGCCAUCACGUACCAGGUCUGCAUGACCGUCCUAGCCUACGUCUUACCCCUUGUAGUGAUAGGCUAUGCCUAUAUUAUGGUGGGCAUCACCCUCUGGGCUAGUGGGAUACCAGGGGAUUCUUCGGACCGCUACCACGAACAGGUGUCUGCCAAGCGCAAGGUGGUCAAGAUGAUGAUCAUGGUGGUUUGCACCUUCGCCAUUUGCUGGCUGCCUUACCACGUCUACUUCCUCCUGCAACUCUUCAAGGGUGAGAUGUUCUCCGAAAAAUACAUCCAGCAGGUGUACUUGGCGAUCCUGUGGCUGGCCAUGAGUUCCACGAUGUACAACCCGAUUAUCUACUGUUGCCUCAACGACAGGUUCCGGGUGGGCUUCAAGCGGGCUUUCCGGUGGUGUCCGUUCAUCAACGCCAGCCAAUACGAAGGCCUGGAAAUGAAGUCAGCCAGGUCCCUGCACGUCCAGAGCAGCCUGUGCAAGAGCAGCCGGAUGGAGACCACGGUCUCUUCGGUCCUCGGCCACCCAGAGGAGGAACCGGAGGAGGGCAGCCAACCCAGGCGCCCCUCAGCCGACCUGACCUCCAACGGCUCUUCCCGCAGUGACACGAAAACCAUCUCAGAGAGCCUGAGCUUCUACUCCAACACGCUUCCCUGAGCAACCUCACGAUGUAGCCACACCGUGACACCGUUUCCAUGCCUCUGGUGAAGCCACCCCCCCCGCCCCAAUGAAGAGGCCCCUCCUGGGGCUGCCCCUGGCCUUUCCUUCUCCU